AUGUCAACAUUGCUUCGAAGGGUGUGCACUGUAGCCGCCACAUCUGGAAGCAGAUCAAUCAUUGUACAUAACAGCAUUAGCAGCAGCAGUAGACAGUUGGUCACAAGAAAUAUAAUUGGAUGUUCAUCAUCAAUCAAUACAUUAAGAUCAUACGCGACUGCUACCGCAACAGCGACUGCAACAGAUGCCGAGACAGAGACAGAGACACAAUCAGAGAAGUCCAACAUUCCAUUCCAAUUCCUCUCAAUCACAAAGGAUCAGUGGAACACAAACAUUGGAAAGGAAUGCAUUUCGAAAGAGUUGCAAGCACACUUUGAUAGAAUUGGCAAGGAGAAGGAGAGAGCCACUCUGUUGCGUCAGCCAGUGUUCAAGGUGAUCGAGUGGAUGAACAGAAUGAGAUUGCAACAGUUUGUCAAGACAUCAAAGUCUGACUAUGCCAUGCUCAUCGAUGGAAAGAAGGGCGCUGGCAAAUCCGUCGCACUCAGCCAGCUCGUCUUUUGGGCAAAGCAACAAGGCUGGUUCGUCUUUUACGUGCCAAGCUGCUUCAAGUUCAUUCAUACUGGAACAUUGACACCAUUCGUUGAGAACCCAAUGUUGUUCGAACAACAUGAGCUCUCUACAUUGCUCCUCAAUCAGAUGCUCGAGGUCAAUGGUGAGAUGAUGAAGCAGAUCCCUCUCAAGACCAAGUUCAAGAUACAAUUCAACAACUUCAAGUCACAGGGCAAGACAUUGUAUGACCUGGCAGCUUCGUCGAUGGUGGAUUGCUCAAGCGAGGUGCUGUACCACUUUAAGCGCGAGUUGGAUUGUGUCGUGGAGUUCCCAGUGCUCGUGGCACUGGACGGCUACAAUCACUUCCAUCGCAAGUCUGGCUACGGAGACAUGUACGACGCCAAGACAUUCAUGGGCACGCUGCCCACCGAUCGUCUGCUGGCAUCCAAUCUUUUCAAGCCACUGUUCAACCACUCGCUGUCCAACGGCAUUGUCGUGGCGACCACCACCGACGACGUCAGAAAGGAGCAGUUACUCGGCGAGUUUGAAGAGAGCAUGAUCUCUCACAUCCCCAAGUUCUCACUCUAUGAGAUGAGACUACUGAUCAACUAUCUGGUAGAUAUACAAUACUUAGAGAAAAUUCCAUCACAAGAGACAGUACAAUACCUUUGGCAAUUGUCAAGUGGAAACGCAAGAGAGGUCUGGAGAUUCGUAUCACUGUUGUAG